CUCUCGAUGCUUUUUGCCGGACUUGCUGGCGGCUUUGCGAGCCCGAGAAUCAUGACGGUGCUUCAAGCGACUGGCUACCUCGAGGAGGAGACCGCGGAAAGGGCUCCGUUAUCCGACGCGGCAAAAGAGCGUACUUUCAAGCGGCUCCUGGAGACCCUUCAAUUCAUCCUCGACAUCAUGGGGACUGAUGACUCGCUGUCCAGCCCGAGUGCCCAAGCCAAGCCCACGUCAAGCGGUCCAUACCAUGUCAGUCGAGGAGGCCUAGGCUGGGCGGCUGCUACGCGUGUGAGGUUUCUGCACGCCCGAGUUCGCCAGCGCCUCAUGCAAGGCAAAGACGCCGACGCUUUCUCAGCGACGUGUGGCAUCCCAAUCAACCAAGAAGACCUCAUGGCAACUCUCGGAUCGUUUUGCGUUGCGCCACUAUGGUCACUCCAGCGUCUUGGCAUUCCCCUGUCUGCCCAGGAAAGGGAAGACUUUGUCGCUUUGUGGCGUCACGUCGGUUUCUACAUGGGAAUCGAGCCUAGGAUCCUCCGCAGGUGUUUUCGGGACUACAAGGCCGCGGAGCGCUUCUACUUUUGCGUCAGCUCCCACCACUUUCUCGCUAUGAAGUCUGGUCGAGACUUGACGGGACCUGCGCUACCGCUGCUGUACAGUGCCGCAAACCGCGCACCUGUGCCACUCUCGUUCGCCACCAACUGUGCUGUCACAAGGUUCUUGCUGGGAGACUCACUAGCGAACGCGCUGUUUCUUCCGCGCACAUCGCCCAAGCAGCGCAUUCGCUUGACCUUCGUCCUUGCCGCUCUUGCUGCUCCUUCGAUCUUGUUUGAUUGCUACUGGCGUUCGGGAUGGAAGCAGGAGGCGGAGAACUGUCUUCGC